ACUGCAAACAGGGCGUGCAAUCCAUCAUCCAUGCAGUACAGGCACACAGCGACUGUGAGGAGCUGGUCCUCAGGGCAGCCCAAGUGCAUUGCAGCAUAUUGGACCCAUCUACUUUGCCAUGCUAUCUUAUGGCACCAUCUAAUGACAAGUUGGUUACAAGUUACACGUGCAGUAGAAAUACGUGAAACCUUUAUUUCCCCAAGUCUAUCACCAUUACAAAGGAAAAUCAUAGAAUGACGGAGGGUAAUGGAGGCCCAGGCUGGGGCCCCAGGUGAGGUCACCAACCAAGAGGUUGUGAUGUCAGCAAUGGAGAUGACUGUGACUUGCUAGCCCUCCCUGUACAGAUUCGGGCUCUGGCAGAGGCCAGCGUGCACUCGUGCCUGGACUCCAGUUGAGCACAGUUGCGAGACUUGGAGCACUGAGCGAGUUGGUUGCGUUGAGCUGUGGGGCUGCUGGCACCAGUUCUUGGUGCCCAUCCCACAGCAUCACCAGUGUUUCCCCCAGCCCUGCCUGCCUCAGGCAGCUGGGGCCGCACAGGGUGCGCUUGUAGCGGCAGAGUUCGUAACACCUUCUGCUUGCUGCAGCACCAGGGAGGGGAGCAGCUUCCCGACCUCAGCUCUCCCCAGCCCACCGCACAGCCCGGGGCCAUGGACGUGGCAUCUGAAUGGAUCUGCCCCAUCUGCGGGCAAAUUCGGGAAGAUGUCACCUACGUGACCCCCUGCCAACACCAGCUGUGCUACGGCUGUGCCAUCUGGUGGGCAAACAGGAAGCCGAGUUGUGCCGUAUGCGGGCACGAAAUAACAACCAUCCGAUACUCGGUGAGGUCGGAUGACGAUUACCUGGAGUGUGCUGUCCCACAGCCCGCAGCGCACUCGGAUCCAGGCCUGCAGGACGAGCAGGGGCCUGCAGAGCCGGUGCUCAUCCCACCUGAGCACAGCUUCCCAGCCGAGGUCUGGGCUGCAUUCUUCAGGGAACACCCAGAGGACCUCGAACCCCUGCUCCAAUGGCUGCAGGAGGAGAUCCAGCAGGUGUCCAGCGAUGACUGGUGGGAAGUCUAUGCGGGACAGUGCACCACCGUCAACUUUCUAUGUCAGCAUGGGCUGGACGAGGAGGCCUUGGUGCAGGCGCUGCAGCUCAUCACCAAUGGCGACGUGGUGCCCUUCGUCAGAAGGCUCAUCAGCACCGCCGCAGCCCUGUAUGGCCCCACGAUCCACCACGAGCUGGACCACCAGGUCAGCCACACUGCUGGAGGAUGGGAGGACAGCCCUGCAGCCAGCCCCAUCACCAGCACCUCCCAUCAGGAGCCUCCCGCCUCGGGCCCAGGUCGCUCCACCAGCCCCGCAGGGCCCAGCACCGAGGAGCCGCCCGGCGGCUCUACUGGGGGACCCGGGCACCCCAGCACCGCCACCGCGCCCUCGGUGCAGGAGCCGCAGGAGGAGCCAGGGCAGGCGGCGGCAGCGGGCCCCUCCGCCCGGGGCAGGGACCGCUCGCGGGGGCCCCGGCGCCCCCCGAAGAGGAAGGCCAGCAGCAGCCGCCAGGACUCGCCCCCGCCCCGCAAGAGGCGGCCCCGGCGGCGGCGCUAG